CCUCCUCCGCCCAUUGCCAUUACGCUCUUCUCUAGCUCUGGUUUUCUCGCAAAAGUAGAGCCCACCCACUUGAAUCGCAGAACCAAGUUUUGGGGCAACAAUUCUUCACCAUGGCUGCCGCUGCGAAGCCGACCAAAAAUCAGCUUAAGCGAGCAAAGAAGAAGGCCGAGAAGGAGAAGAAAAAGUCCGGCACUGAGCCAACCUCAGAAACCACAGUCACAAAUGGAACAUCCCCCAAACCCGAGCCGGAACAGGAACAAUCUGCAGCAUCAAAUGGCGGAAAGAUCAAAUUGGAAGAUGCGCGCAAUGGUGGCGCCCUUGCCGACCCACUCAUUGUCGACGAGGAAAAUCCUUUGUUUGACAUGUACAAAACUGUGAUGGAAAAAUUCGAGGAGGCAGAUAAGGAAGAUGCCGCACUGAAAGAACCAGAGAAACCUGAAGUGUACUACGACGAUGACGACGACAUUCCAGAUGAAGACGAAGAAAAUGCUGCGCCAAAGAUCUCCAAGAAAAAGAAGAAAGAGAUGACAAAGUUGUCUGUGGCAGAGCUAAAGGCUCUCGUCAAGAAGCCUGAGAUGGUGGAAUGGACAGACACCUCAGCGCCCGAUCCCAGGUUGUUGGUCCAUAUCAAGUCCUAUCGAAAUGUUGUCCCGGUACCGAAUCAUUGGUCACUAAAGAGAGAGUAUCUAUCUUCGAAACGAGGAAUCGAAAAGCCGCCGUUCGCACUGCCAAAAUUCAUCCAAGAAACGGGCAUCGCAGAAAUGCGAGACGCGAUUUUGGAGAAGCAAGAAAACGCCACUUUGAAGCAGAAACAACGUGAGCGAGUACAGGGAAAGACGGGCAAACUUGAUAUUGAUUACCAGAAACUUUACGAUGCGUUCUUCAGGUUCCAGACCAAACCGGAGCUGACGAGGUAUGGCGAGGUCUAUUACGAGGGCAAGGAGUUUGAAACAAACCUGCGACACUUGCGACCUGGGGAGUUAUCCGACGAAUUGAAGGAGGCACUGAAUAUGCCCCCGGGCGCGCCUCCUCCGUGGUUGAUCAAUAUGCAGAGAUACGGGCCGCCUCCGUCGUAUCCAGCUCUCAAGGUACCAGGCGUGAAUGCGCCUCCUCCCGCCGGCGCAAGCUGGGGGUUUGCACCCGGUCAAUGGGGCAAACCCCCUGUGGAUGAAGCGACGAACAGACCACUUUAUGGCGGCGACAUCUUCGGCGUGCUACAGCAGCAACAGAACGCUCAGCAAGGUGAGCCUGUGGAGAAAGAACUGUGGGGCGAAUUACAACAACAAGAAGAAUCCGAAGAGGAAGAGGAAGAAGAAGAGGAGGAGGAGGAGGAAGACGAAGAGGAAGGCGGAGCUGGAUUGGACACUUCAACCGGUCUGGAGACACCCAGCGGCAUGACUUCCGCCGUGCCAACUGAAAUUGGUGGCACGGAAACCGUCUCUGAAUUUGACUUGCGAAAACGCCGAGGAACGGAAACUGAAGAAUCGUCUCAUCCACGUUCCGCGUACCAAGUCAUUCCAGAACGCCAGUCUCGCGUUGAAGGUUUCUUUGGCGGCGACCGCGUCUAUGAUCUGAAGGCCGCUCAACAGCAAUCUGCGGCUAGUGUUCCCAUCCUGGGACAAGAUGAUACUUCCCGCAAACGAAAGAAGCCCGGCGAUGUGGAUGUGUCAAUGGACCCGGAUGCUCUUGCAGCACAUGAUGGGAUGGAUAAAGAAGAACUGCGACGCGCAUACGAACAAGGUCGUAAAGCAGAGCAGAAUCCCAAUUGGGAUUUCCAGGAUGACUUGUCCGAGAUGAUUGCGUCAGAACACAGGAAGCGGCAGAAAAGGGAUGAAGAAAGAAGGGGAAAGAGAUGAUUUGAAAGCACUCACAGCGCCAUCGAGACCACAUCCAGAGUUGUAACAGUGGAAGCAUGACAUGAUCCUCCAGUGUCAUUUGUGGAAAGGUCGUGCGUUUCGCCAUACCUUGAAGAAAUGACUCCAACCCGUCAUCGACCAAGGAUUUCGCGUCAGGACGCCUGAGCAAAGCGAGCCUGAAACUCUCUUACCGACGUCGAAGUCCAUUCCGGAAUCACUGGGUUAAUCAUCGGAUUUCGCGAAUCCUUCCCAAGCGCUCUCGAGCCGAAAUGUCAACCCAGAUGAAUUUUGGCACGUUCUAAAAAGGUGCUUGACUGGCCGGUGUCCUUGCAGAUAUGGCUGAGCAGAAUUGCUGGACUUAAGCCCGUGAGGCAACACCGUGCAUGAAGAGGCAACAAAUACCUCAGCGUUGCAUAGAGCUCAAGCUCCGGCCUCUGCAAUGGAAGAUGAUAACAAUGCAUGCGGUAGCCAAUGAAUCAGGCGCAUGCGGACCUUGGCUGCCCUUCUCAGUUGGAAGCAACUCAUCAGUAUUCGCUAGAAAACUGCUGUAUGUUGGGCCACUUACAUCCCACUAUCAAUUUAUGCCUACGAGAAGAUUUGUGUCAACCAGGCUAUUUUUCGAGCUUGGGCUCUGGCGGAUUGUUGGAAGAUGGCCACCAUUUUGCGCUCCAACCUGAUGAAGCAUCUUCUUGAAUUGGUUCUAAAGCUGACCCUGCGGACUCUUUCAGCUGUGCCAGGUCUUUCAUUCUCGUCCUGGCCCGGCUGAUGUUCAGCCAUUCCUGAAAAUCGAGAUUCGUCCGUAUCCCAAUCGGCCAGCAGCGUGAUUUACGCCGACGAGGAUGAAGAUCUGAUCAAUCUCCUCAAACGGGGCCGCUUUGUUAUCAUAUAACAUGUCUUUCCAUCCACCACAUUCAGAUCUCUACCGUUUAGAUGUGAGACCGAUACAGUGCCAGCAUCCCUUUCUUCCUGCUCUAUCGCAUAUUCGCAUUACUCGUACUGUAUUGAUAUGUUGGGAUUCAGUCAGCCUCAAGUGAGCUCAUCACUGGGUCAACCAACUUCUGCCAAUAUCUCAUUCGUUUGGCGCAGCACAAGUACGGCAGAUUCUCCCAAUCCUUUUGCAAAGGAACAAAGAAAACUUGGAAUAAGUUCUUCAUCCUUGAAUGCGAGUCGCUUUGGCGAUAUGCUUACCUUGUCUUACAUGCAAGAUAGUUCCUGUUCGCCAAUCGAUCCAAGAUUGGUUCUAUGUUCCCGCACAGUGAGCUGGGGGCUUGCUAUUACCAAUCCUCAGAGAAGGAUGCGCAGACCUUCAAACGCAGCGCAAAAAACGGCGGUCGACAGGUGCCGGACAUGGUCAGCCAGCAGUGCGAUUUUAUUCAACUCUGGAAGAGUCGAGGUUGCUGUCCACAUCAUUGCUCAUGUGGCUCUGCUGCAUCCUAUACGGGAACGACGAAGCACUUUUCGACGUGAAUGAUUAGGCUGAUCCACACGCCAUUGCAUCGCCUGUGCUAAGCCUAGUAGGGAGUGUUGGGAUGAAAACGUGAUAAUUAAGCAGUGGUUCCUGAGCAGUGCAUCCGUUUCUGAAGCUGGGUGAUGACUGGUUUGGACUCUGUAAAUCUAUUCUAGAUUAUGGGCUAGGAAAUGCUCCUGGGCUCAAUUUGUCC